AUGAUGGGACUGGCGAAGGUUCUCCAUAUAUACCGGAAACCUGUAUAUAUCAAAGAAGAAGAGAAGUUGGCUGAUGCGGAUCUUGGGAUGAGACUCGCAGUCGCAGCCGCAGUCGCAGCCGCAGCCGCUGCAACUCGCCGCUUCCAGGCUCGGCCCACGGACAAUUGCCGCAAACACCGAAAAGCACGGGCGUCACAUGCUGCUGACUCAGACAGAGCUUAUCUCGACCUCAACCCACGUCGUCGGCUCUCUGCACCGUUUUGUUGGAAUUGGCUUGGUCUCUGGCUUGUCUUCGGGGAUGCGUUGCUUGCGCCGUGGGGACGAUAA